ACAUGUUUAAAAACAAGCUUGGCCCGUGGGGUAAAAUCCAUAAUGAAAACAUCUGCAGAUGUAUCUUGGAAACAUCUGAAAUUGUCUGUAACCUGUACUGAUCACUGGCUUCAGGUCCGAAUAAGACGAGUACCGUAUAUGGGAGAACUGCUACCCCAGGUUUACGAACUAUAUCUAGGAACUGGCUGUCCUGUUACCAGGGUGCUGAAUGAUUCCUUCGAGUUCUUUUACAUGCUUUCUUCUUGUGGCAUCAGGACAUAUGAACGCUCGUGGGGCAUUCUCAUCGAAAGUUCAAUCACAUAUGAGCCUUUCUUUUUAAAUAGAAGAGGAAUCAGACCAGUAUUUUGCCUUGUUAAAAGAAAUGAUUCGUUCACCUUUGUGGAAAAAGACUUAAAAGAUAAUAGUAAUAUAUCUGAGAAAAGCUUCCAAGAGCCAGUAGGAAAGACAAACUCAACAUCAUCUCAAGGACAGUUCUUGGAGACCAAUCCAGAAGCAUCAUUUGGGAACAGUUCUUCCCUUGCUGGACUAUGUACUUUCUUUUAACCCCUUUUAAGUGAAGGAAUUAAGUUAUGAAUCCUAGCGGGGAAGACUGUCUUACUAAUCUUGGUAUUCCAGCUUGGCUCACUCUGCCUCUCGGAAAGUGAAUGAAUGCCUAUGGAUAGCAUCUUUUGCCUUUUAAAUAAUAAUGCUCUUUUUAAGAUGAAUUUGCUCUCCUGUACAUUUUAUGAGCUCUUUGAGUGGGGGGAAAAAAACAACUCCCCAGACUUUACAAUUUCUAAUUGGAUGAAAUUUUUAAAAAUAAAGUUUUACUUAUCUGAAUAAGUUUUUUUCUCUUCUUUGAAGAAAACUGAAAAUCUUGACUUCAGGGCAUUGUGGAGUUCUAGGCAACUGCAUUUUGUGAAGAUAUAGAUGCAUUUAUCACCUAAUGCUCUGAGUGGCAGGUGAAUAACUAUUGUACUAUAAUACAAUUCUCUGAUUCCUCUUCUACUUCCUUCUGAUAAUAUACAUAAAAUAAGAUCAGAGCUCUUUCUGUAAAUGUCUCAGAAUAGUAGACUAUUUUAGGUAUUAUAAUAUAGAUAUUUAGCAUUCUCUUUUUCUGUUCCCUAUUCUUAGUGUUUCUCUAGUUUUUCCUUUUCUAUAUGGUAGUAAUUUUAAGUCAGUUUGAGAUUUUGGGCUUAUCUAUUUUGCUCAUGUGAAAUGGCUAGUAUUUUGGGAAAACAUUCUAUUUGUUUUGAUGUCAUAAUUUCUGAUAGCUUUAAACCAAAACCUUGAAUUAGAAUCUUGGCUAAUCUCUUGUUCAGGUUUUUUUUUUUUUUUUGGCUUUUUAGGGUUGCACC